AUGAAAGGUACUCGAGAAGUUGCAGUAAAAGCUACUUUACAAGAACAAGAAUUAGCUAUUCUCGCUCAACAACGAAAAGACCAACUAAAAAGCAAAACAAAAAGUCGCAAAUGGUUUCAUCACACCGAAGGCUUAACAUCUCAAGUUGGAGUCGAAUCACGCAAAGCUGAACGCGAGCGCAAAAGGACUAUACGAGAACGCCUUGCUGCAAGCUUAAUUAUUAAAGACGACGAUUUAAUACUCAUUCCAAUUCUCGAUUCGGAAGAGAUUUGGUGGAUGCAACAACCUCUUGAACGUCAAAUUCUGCGGCCUCGUAAAAAAGGUAUUCCUCGACCAACUCUUUCUCAACCUGAACCUUUUCUCGGUAAUGAUAAUCUAAUGAUUAUAACCGAUACUACCGGAGACCUUUCUUUAAAGCAAGAUAUUAUUCCUUUUCUUAGUAUUAAUAUCGAUAGCGAUGGCUUCAAUUCUGAUAGUAGUAGAGAUUCAAACGAUUCGUUGCGAAAGGUAGGAGACGAAUCAAAUUCUAAUGAAAAUAAUGAUCGAUGGUCAGAUAUCUCAUCGGAUGAUACGAUUUUAAAUGUUUCGGAAGACGAAUUUCUAACAUAUUCGAAAAAAUCCGCAUUCGCUUCCGAUCCGCAAUCGCUUAUGCCGACUAAGACUGAAAGGAUGAAAGGAGGCCCACCUAAGCGAGCCGACGAUUAG